AUGAAAAGGAUUGAACCUGUUCUUGCACUCUAUGUGUUUACUUCAUUUUUAAAAUUUUCAGUAUUUAAUGCAUUACUUCAUGAGAAAUCAUGCAUUUUUAUUUAUAAGGAUGCAGUUUUAUGCAGCAAUACAACUGUGGUGCAUAAAGAUCUUCCGAUUCAACGAAGUGCAAAUCAUCUUUUCUUAUUUUCUUCAUUUUGUUUAUUUAUUCCUUCCAUCCCUGUAUCAAUUUGGCUUGGAUCACUCUGUGACUUAUGGAGUUCAAAAAUUCCAAUUUUGAUUCCAUUAUUUGGUUUAUUUUCUGCUGAUAUCAAUUAUAUAGUUCAGUGUUUUUGGUUCGAUCUUAAUCCUCUAUUUUUAAUUAUUAGUGACAUUAUUUUUGGGUUGUGUGGUGGUUUUUCAUCAGCAAUUGGAAUGAUGCUCGCUUAUGCGAUGAAGCAAAAGGAUAACUCGACAAAAGCUGGUAAUCAAAUGGCAAUACUUGAAGGUUCCAUGGGUGUUGGUGCAACAUUCGGGUUCGCUUUCUCAGGCAUUUCUAGAAAAUAUUUGGGUUUCACUGGAAUAUUUACUAUUUUAUUUUUGUUGAGAGCUAUUUGUUUGGUGUAUGUUAGUUUUUUGGAUGAAAUAAGGCCAGAAAAUCGUGCUGGAUCCUCUUCUCAGGGUAUAAAUGAUAUAAUGUAUUCUUUUUUUCGAUUCAAAUUGCAAUGGGAUGAUAAGCAAUACGGCUUAUACAAUGGCCUUGUAUUUGGUUUCAGCACGCUUUCCGUGCUUUUUAUCUAUCCAGCUUUCCGCAAUCGUGGUUUUAGUGAUAUGGCACUUUGCUUCGCAGCACUUAUAAUUAAAAUAUUCAAUCUUCUAGCUGUCGGAUUUGUAUUUUCAACUGCAUUCGCAUUUUUUUUAUCGAUUUUUGCAACUUUUAAUAGGUUCAUUCCAACAGCUUUACGAGCUACAGCUUCACAAGCUGUUGAAGUUUUCGAGCAAGGUUUUUUUCCUUAA